CCGGUCGGUUGUGCUGGUGACGCGCACGCGCGUCGUGCGGGGUCCUUCCCUCCCCACCAACCCAGCCACCUCCCCGCCUCCCUCAAGACUCGGUUCGCUCGCGCUCCUUCACUUUCUGGGUGUCGGUGAGAGUAAUGGCGGAAGGCGGCGUCCCGGACCUAGAGAGCCAGAAGAACGAGAUCGGGAACUUGUUGAAUACCUCGCUCAAGAAAGGGGAUUCGUGGUUCCUAAUAGACAGUAGAUGGUUUAAACAAUGGAAGAAAUAUGUGGGUUUCGACAGCUGGGACAUGUACAACGUGGGAGAACACGGAAUGUUUCCAGGCCCCAUUGAUAAUUCUGGGCUUUUUGCAGAUAUAGAAACACAGGCUCUGAAAGAACACUUGAUUGAUGAGUUGGAUUAUGUCUUGGUGCCCACUGAAGCUUGGAACAAGUUGGUCAGUUGGUAUGGUUGUGUUGUGGGUCAGGAACCUAUUGUACGAAAGGUGGUUGAGCAUGGGAUGUUUGUAAAACACUGUAAAGUAGAGGUUUACCUCUUAGAAUUAAAAUUGUGUGAAAACAACAACAUGGACAAUGUGGUGACGCGCCAUUUCAGCAAAGCGGAUACCAUAGAUACAAUAGAAAAGGAGAUGCGAAAACUAUUCAAUAUUUCAGCUGAAAAGGAGACAAGGUUGUGGAAUAGAUACAUGACAAAUACUUACGAGCAGCUUAACAAACCAGAUAGCACUGUACAAGAUGCUGGUUUAUAUCAGGGACAGGUUUUAGUAAUAGAACAGAAGAAUAAUGAUGGAACUUGGCCAAGGCAAACAUCUCAAACAAAAUCCAGCACUGCCACCAGCAGAAAUUUAUCUACCUCUCCAAAAUCCUCGACUAGCUGCAAUCUCUACUCGUCCUUGUCCUCCCCUUCUGCAGUCUCUAAUGGUGAGAGCAACAACUCCAGCAACUGCAGCUACAUAUUAAACAGCUCCAGCUCCACCAGGGGGUCAAGUGGUUAUGGAUCUUCUCACAACAGUUCUUAUUAUUAUAGGGAAUCUCAUGCACCAAGCCAAGCAGGACUUUGUGGCCUAAGUAAUCUUGGUAAUACAUGUUUCAUGAAUUCAGCAUUGCAGUGUUUGAGUAAUACUGGUCCAUUGACUGAUUACUUCCUACAAGGAAAGUACGAAGAAGAACUGAAUCGGGAAAAUCCUUUGGGAAUGAGGGGAGAAAUUGCUGAAGCCUAUGCUGAGCUUAUCAAACAAAUGUGGUCAGGGAGAAGCUCUUAUGUGGCGCCUCGGAUGUUUAAAACCCAGGUUGGGUGUUUUGCUCCCCAGUUUUCAGGAUACCAGCAACAGGAUUCUCAAGAGCUACUUGCAUUUCUUUUAGAUGGCUUGCAUGAAGAUUUAAAUCGUGUGAAGAAAAAGCCCUACUUAGAACUUAAAGAUGCCAAUGGGAGGGAAGAUGAGGUGGUGGCUAAAGAAGCAUGGGAAAAUCACAGGUUAAGAAACAACUCCAUCAUUGUGGACAUCUUCCAUGGGCUUUUUAAAUCCACUCUAGUUUGUCCUCAGUGUUCAAAAAUUUCUGUAACAUUCGACCCUUUCUGUUACUUAACUCUUCCGUUACCUAUGAAGAAGGACCGCAUGAUGGAAAUCUUUCUUGUGCGGGCAGACUCAUCUAGGCCAACCCAGUACAGAAUAAUUGUUCCAAAGAUGGGUGCAAUUUCUGACCUUUGUACAGCCCUCUCUCAAAUCUCAGGAGUAGCUGCAGAAAAGAUGGUGGUUGCUGAUGUUUACAAUCAUCGGUUCCACAAAACGUAUCGACAAGAUGAAGCCUUAAACCACAUUAUGGACAGAGAUGAUAUCUUUAUUUAUGAGGUUCCAGGCGUGAAAGAAGAAGACUCUGAAAAUUCAAAAUGCAUCAGCCUCCCAAUUUAUUUCCGUGAGAAAAGGAUGCGAUCCUCAAGUGCACCUGUUGGCACUAUUCUCUUUGGUCAGCCUCUCUUGGUCUCUGUUCCCAGGGAUAACGUGACAGUGGACAGCCUGUAUGAACUAGUCCUUUCACGAAUUUCCCGUUACGUGAAAGUGUGUAAGGAAACAUAUGAAAGCUAUAGCUCUGGAACUUUGAGCGUAGACAAUGGCUUGUCCAGUGAGCCAAAUGGUAUUAAUGAUGAAGGUGAGGAGGAGAUGGAUCUUCAAACUGUUGUUGGACAUAAUGAAGAACAUAGUUCCGAAUCUGAAAACAGCCAGUCUGAUGGCUCUGCGGCUGAUGACAAUGAUAAGAUGGAAAAUGGGCCCACCAAACGGACCACCAAAGCAAAUAAACAGAAGUUUACAAAGAAGCUAUUCAGUUUCAGCAUGGUGAAUGCCUAUGGCACCUCGGAUUUCAGCUCUGUUGCAGAAGAUGGGACAUUUCUCAAAUUAAACUCACAUUCCACAAUUGCUAUAGACUGGGAUCCUGAAAUCAAAAUGAUGUACUAUGAUGAUCAAGAAGCUGAGGCGUAUGAAAAGCAUGAAUCUAUGUCACAACCUCAAAAGAAAAGAAGCUCAGUUGCAUUGAGAGAAUGUAUAGAUUUGUUUACAACAAUGGAGACCUUGGGAGAGCACGACCUUUGGUACUGCCCCACUUGUAAAAAGCACCAGCAGGCCACUAAAAAGUUUGAUUUGUGGUCACUACCAAAGAUUCUUGUCGUACAUCUGAAGCGUUUCUCAUAUAAUAGGUAUUGGAGAGAUAAACUUGACACUCUAGUAGAGUUUCCUAUAAGAGAUUUGAACAUGUCCGAGUUUGUCUACAAUCCCAAACCUGGCCCCUGCAUCUAUGACCUUGUUGCAGUCACUAACCACUAUGGAGGAAUGGGAGGAGGUCAUUAUACUGCAUAUGCUAAAAAUAAAAUUGAUGGACAAUGGUAUUAUUUUGAUGACAGUAGUGUAUCAGGAGCGUCUGAAGAUCAGAUUGUGACAAAAGCAGCUUAUGUUCUUUUCUAUCAACGUAGAGACUCUAAUAGCCAGUACAACAGUUCAUCUGCUUCCUUGAGUACUCCUGAAGAGAAUGGCGGCACAGGAACAGAGGUUUCCAAACCCCAGGUGCGAUACUGAUCCAAACCAGCAUAACCUUGCUGUCAUUCAUCCUUUGGAAGAAGAAAUUUGAUGUCAUCUUCAAUUUCAAUGGUGAGAAAAUUUUUGCUGUAUCGCCUAUAUGGUUCCCCAUUUGGCCCAAUAAGGAAUUUCUCAAAAUUCCAGCCAAUGUCAGAGCGACGGACUGGCUUCCAAUCUAUAAACUUUGGAUCCCGCAUUAAGAUGUCAGGAUCAUCAUAUGCUUCGGGCAACUUCUUCUUCAGAAAAGUGAAGACUGGAUUCUCAUCUUCUCCAUUCACUUCAAUCUUUUUGGACAAAUAGAAAUUUGGUUCAAAGCCAUUGCCUGGACGGACAUAUUUCAAGGAAUUAAGAAUCUCUUCAUUGUAGAUAUUUUCCUGCAAAGUCAACGUAAAGGUAAAUUAACUUGGUAGAUUUCUAAAUUGCAGAUUUAUUUUUUGACAAGCCUUUGGGACCACUAUGGAAACACACAGCUGGUCAAUCAUCAUCCUCUUGGGAGCAACUUGAAUAUUCUCGCUACAGAUGCUGAUUGACCUGAAGAAUGCAAAUUAUCUGAAUUUAACUGAUCUUUUAAAAUGCUAAAGUAGCUUCAAAAAUAAAAGCUUUGUGAUAUGCUUUGAGGUGUCUAAGAUGUGGGAAAGUUUUAGAUGAAUACAAGUACUUUCAAAGUAAAAAAUAUUGUUGAAUUUAUCACUAUCUACUGUCACUUCCAACUGAGAGAUUUUGUUU